CUCAUUGUAUUCGCACCUCCAGCCCCGGUCUCUCCUGCUCUUCGCCGCGCCACGUCCCACGGAACUCCCGCCAAGCCAUGAGCCGCUCGUACGCCUCCUCCGCCCAGUCCGCCUCCUCCUACCGCCGGACCUUCGGCUCGGGCUUCGGCCUCCCCGCCUCGCUGUCCCGCUCCGUGCUCUCGGGGCGCGGCUCCGGCUCCUCCAAGAUGGCCUCCCGCACCUACGAGAUGACCAAGAGCUCCUCGUACCCGAGCUACUCCAGCUACCGCGCCUCCUCCUCCUCGGGCUACGGCGGCGGCGCGGCGGCCGCCUCCUCCCGCUCCUACGCCGGCCUGGGCGAGACGCUGGACUUCGGCCUGGCCGACGCCAUGAACCAGGACUUCCUGCAGACGCGCACCAACGAGAAGGCCGAGCUUCAGCACCUGAACGAUCGCUUCGCCAGCUACAUCGAGAAGGUGCGCUUCCUGGAGCAGCAGAACCAGACGCUGGUGGUGGAGAUCGAGCGGCUGCGCGCCCGCGAGCCCACGCGCGUCGCCGACAUGUACGAGGACGAGAUGCGGGACCUGCGCCGCCAGGUGGAGGCGCUGACCAAUCAGAGGGCCCGCGUGGAGGUGGAGCGGGACAACCUGGCCGACGACCUGCAGAAGCUCAAGCUCAGAUUGCAGGAGGAAAUUCUUCAGAAGGAUGAGGCUGAGAACAACCUGGCCGCAUUCAGAGCUGACGUGGACGCCGCCACCCUGGCGAGGCUGGACCUGGAGAGACGCAUCGAGACCCUCCAGGAGGAGAUCGCCUUCCUCAAGAGGAUCCACGAGGAGGUCUUACUCCGUGUGCAGGCGUACUCACUCGGAUGGCAUGUCCAACCGGACCUGACCGCAGCGCUGCGGGACAUCCGGGCCCAGUACGAGGGCAUCGCCGCCAAGAACAUCUCCGAGGCAGAGGAGUGGUACAAGUCCAAGGUGUCAGAUCUGAACCAGGCCGUGACUAAGAACAACGAUGCCCUGCGUCAGGCCAAGCAGGAGACCAUGGAGUUCAGGCACCAGAUCCAGUCCUACACCUGCGAGAUCGACUCCCUCAAGGGGACCAACGAGUCUCUGAUGAGACAGAUGAGGGAGAUGGAGGACCAGCACGGUCGGGAGGCCGGAGGCUUCCAGGACGCCAUCGCCCGUCUGGAGGCCGAGAUCGCCAACAUGAAGGACGAGAUGGCCAGGCACCUGCGCGAGUACCAGGACCUGCUCAACGUCAAGAUGGCCCUGGACGUAGAGAUCGCCACCUACAGGAAGCUGCUGGAAGGAGAGGAGAGCCGAAUUUCCAUUCCUGUGCAGGCAUACUCCAGCCUCAGCUUCCGAGAAACAAGUCCGGAGCAUCAACGCUCAUCUGAAGUCCACUCCAAAAAAACAGUUCUGAUCAAGACCAUCGAGACUCGCGAUGGAGAGGUCGUCAGUGAAUCCACUCAGCACCAGGAGGACGUCAUGUAGGACACAGAAGAGAGGAAAGCAAAGGAGGAAAAAAAAAGAAACAAAAUUAUGUGUAAAAAAAAACAAAGACAUUCGCAUCCAAAUGGUGACCCCUCAAUUUGUUAAAGGGCUGGCACAGUUUUUAAUGCACGCAAGUAAACGGCUCACCAAUGACACAGAGGCUUGAUAAGCACUGCAGAAAUGGAAAAAAAAAUGAAAAAGGUAGAAAAUAAAAGUAAUGAGAAAAAGAGGACAGGAGAAAGUGAAUGAUCAAAAUGCACCGCUGCUGCCCAUACAGAAAUAGAAUGCACUGCAAUAUAUUGCAAAUAUAUGGACUGUGAAAUUAUAUUUCAUCAGAGCAUAAUAUAUUGCAAUAUAUUAAAGAACCAAUGUGCAUAUUUGUCAACAUAUUGAAGUGUUGCAGUAUAUUGAUAUCAUAUUUCAAUCUAUUUUCAAACAUAUUUCAUUUCCAUAAGGAAAAAACUGUGAUUACAGCUGAGUCUCUAUUGUGAGUGUGCAUCCAUGCACGUAUGUGUGCGCAUGUGUGUUUAUCUCCCACAGUUUAAAUAAUGCCAUUCUAGGCAGCAGAAGUCUACACUCAUAAGAUGAUCUUAUUACGAAAAAAGAUCUCACCGUUUGAGUUGCAGAGUUCCAAUCAUAGUGGCCAUCCGCUUCACACAUGCUGUUUCCACUGUGGGGUGUCUGUACGGCUGGGCAUGGCAGGAAGUAGGUGGGUGUGGCUGAAGCAUGUUGGUCCAAUCAGAAGGAGGAUGGGGGUCUGUGGCCUCACUGAAGAGCGAUCUUGGCUUUCUGGCUUUUCACAAGGGCUGCCGACCCACUCAGUAAUAGGGCUGUAUCUAUGAGCUAGAAAUUUGCAUCCUUUGCUCCAUCAUUUUUUUCCCCCCAAGUUCCAAUGUUUCCAGGUGGAAAAGCACCUUCAGAUCAGUGCAAGGAGCAAGCUACUUCAGAGUACUUGGACAAAGCCAAAGAUCUGGCUCUGUAUUCUACAACAUUUCAGGCAUUUCGCCAGAAAAAAAUCACUUUUGGCAAUGAGCAAAGAUUCAAAUGUGACCAACGUACUGCUGGAGUUUCACGGAGCGUCAAACGUGUUAUCACUCUUUAUACUGCCAAAGUCACUGCAAUGCACUUGCACCUGUCACUUGAGUCUGACACUAGCAGUUGAUAAUUACACAUCUGUCAGAAAAAUUGGUUCAAUCUGUGUAGUUACGUGAGUUGAUAUCUUAAACUCACUGUACCAUGUAGUGGCUAUUUAUCUAGUUCAGUAAUAAACUACGUGUUUUCACAGACACCAGUCUUCUCUUUUGUUGUUGCCAGCUAAUGCUAAUACGGUUGUUGCUAUUGGCUGUAGUUUGUAGCUAGUUAGCUAACAUGCCAGUUAACGUUAUCUCUGGAACUGUAUGCAAUGACCACAAGGUAAAGAUGUAACGUGAAACCAGUGAGCUCAAUAAAUACACGCCCUUUGCAAUUUCA